AUGAAUAAAUCUAGUGAUAAAGCAAAGCCUCGUGGUGAAUACGAGCCCGACUGGGCUGAUGAACCAGAAGAGGAAAAGAAGACGAGAAAAGAAACUGCUAAAAUAUUUGGACCGCAAAAAGACCCGGAGUGGUGGGAUAUUAACACUUUUAGCAAGGAGGACAAUCCAAAUGGACUCCUUCAAGAAUCUUCUUUCUCGUCAUUGUUUCCUAAAUAUCGCGAGAAAUACAUCAAAGAAAGCUGGCCGCUCAUUGAAAAAGCUCUUGGAGAACAUCACUUGAAAGCCGACCUCGAUUUGCUAGAAGGAACUAUGUGUGUUCGAACAACACGGAAAACCUGGGACCCUUACAUUAUCAUGAAAGCUAGAGAAGUUCUCAAGCUUUUAUCCCGUAGUGUUCCAUACGAACAGGCUAUCCGCGUCCUUGAGGACGAAAUCUACUGUGAAAUUAUCAAAAUCUCCUCAAUGGUUCGAAACAAAGAGCGAUUCGUAAAGCGGAGAGCUCGCUUGAUUGGAAACGAUGGUGCUACAUUGAAGGCGUUGGAGCUGCUGACUCAGUGCUACGUUUGUGUUCAAGGAGGAACUGUUUGUGCAGUUGGACCACUUUCCGGACUCAAACAGAUCAACCAAAUCGUCACAGAUUGCAUGAAGAACAUUCACCCUAUCUACAACAUCAAAUCUAUGAUGAUUAAGAGAGAACUCGCUAAAAAUGACGAGCUUAAAGAUACAAACUGGGAUCCAUAUCUUCCAAAGUACAGAAAGAAGGUGCAAUCAGCAUCAACUACAAAGGAAGCGAAGAAAAAGAAGGCUUAUAAGAUGAAACCGAAGGGAGAGUACACUCCAUUCCCACCAGCACCCGUGAUGAGCAAGAUCGAUAAGCAGAUUGAAAGUGGAGAAUACUUCAUCAGAGAACAUGAAAGAAAACUAAACAAAAAACGAGCAAAGUUGGAAGCCUCAGCUGUGAAGACGGUAGAGAAACAGAAGCAGAAAUUGAAAGUCUACCAAGCCAAAGAAGAGGCUCCGCGAGAGAAGCAGACUAAGAAACGAGCCAACGAUGUGCCAGUCGAUAUCGAAAAGUUGAAAAAGAAAGCAAAGCUCAGCAAGUCCUCUUCUAAAUAA